CGAAAAGCUCCCGAGGCCCCGCUCGAGCUCAACUGAGUAUCAAACCGGAAUAAUCACCCGUCUACACCAUGUCUCAGGCCGACCCCGGACAUUGGACUCUCUUGUUCAAGAAGCACAAGACCACCGUGCUUCUAAUGCUCCCGCCUUCUGAGACGAUCGCCACGACCAAAGAAGCUCUCCUCAAGGCCCUCCAGUCCCGCGGCCUGAAGGACAUUAACGGUGACAUCGUCCCGGAAGACCCAUCUGAAAUUGAAUUUGGCGUUGCGAUGGACAGGAAUGACCUCGAAAAAGGUUGGAUAAGAUUGGAGGCCGAGGUCCCGGAGCUCGAUGACAGCGACACACCGAAACGCGGCGCUGCGAAAAAGAAGGCCGCCGGUGGCCUUACACUAGAAGCGGCGGAUAUCAGGAACGGACAGUCGAUCGCUUUCAGGUUCCGGGAGUCCAAGGGAGAGGAUGCCGCGGAGGGAGACGAGAUGGCUGAUCUUGGGCUGGAUGAUGCGGGCUGGGAUGUAGUUCUACCGAGCUUCGAGGACGAGGAGGAGGAACAGGACUGAGCCGUCUAUCUCCCGUUCUUCUUCAGCUCGGAUUCUGGCGUUCUGUUAUAUUUUCGGGACUGGCGCAUAAGGUUCGAAUGCACGGCGUUGGGAAAUCGGUAUAGCUAUUAUUAGGAAG